AUGGUUCGACCAUCGAAUCCACGACUUAUGGCUCGCGUGCUAGAUGCAGUAGCAAAUCUUGGUGACACCAGAGGUUCAUCAGCUCGCGAAGUUCUCAGUUUUAUUCGACAUAGCAACGUAUCGUCAAAAAAUUUGACACUGCAGGUACAUCGAGCUUUAAAGCAUGCAGUAAAUGCUGGACUUCUACGGCAUAGAAGUGGUCGUUAUAAAGCACUGGCUACUUUAAAUCCUAAUUCUGUUUCUAAUCCUGCUAAGGAGGAAUCAUCUACUAAUAAGGAACCAGCUAACAAUCAGAUAAACGAACAAAAAAAAUCAAAAUCCGAUGUAGAAACACCGAAUAGUGAUGUUGAAUCCUUGCAAACACAAGAGCGCAAGUACGCUGAAAUUCUUCUACAUGUGGAGCGAUGA